AUGAGCGUUGAAAUUGGUACUAAGGUUGAAGGUGAAAGUCGCAUUUGUCGUUCUCACUUAAGUCCUGAUAAAUUGAUUGACUCACCCGAAGAAGUUGAAAAAGAAAUCACAAAAAUUGUUGUAGUUGAAAAAAAAGAAUUGAAAACUUGGAAGUAUUUUCAAUUAUCCGGUUACAAUUGGUUGACUUAUAAUAAUAAUGAUAUAGAUCAAGAAAUUAGAACUAUUGGAGCCGGUAGUUUUUCACAAAGUAUGACUAUUGUGACUGCAUAUGACACCCUUGAAGAAGAAGGUCUUCUUCAUUCAAUGAACGAAGCAGAAGUUAAUGGAAUGUUUGCUAACGCAGAUUUACUUCUAAUGGUUGAAAAGGUUGCUGGAAGGAGCCCAACUCUUAAAUUUAUAAUUUAUAAUGAUUUUAGACUCUUAACAUUGAAAGAACUUAAAGAGUUAGGCAAAGAUCAUUCAAUAAAUCCAAAUUCACCACAACCACAAGAUAUAUGUUGUAUUAUAUACACUUCUGGAUUUACUGGUAAUCCAAAAGGUGUCAUGCUAACUCAUGCUAAUCUCGUUGCAAGCAACUUUCACACUAAAGGUUGGUUAAUGGAUAAAGGAUUACCCACUAGACCUUUUGACGUCUUGGUAUUCAAUAAGAUAAAAGAACAAACUGAUGGAAGAUUGAGAUUCGUGUUGUCACCCAUUUCUAAGGAAACACAGGAAUUUUUAUAUAUAACUUUAUGUCCAAUAUUGCAAGGUUAUGAGCAAUUUACUUAUGGCAGUGUUGGAACACCAGCACCUUGUAUAGAAGUAAAAUUAGUUGCCGUACCAGAUGCUGGUUAUAAAUCUACAAAUACUCCUAAUCCACAAGGAGAAGUUUGGAUCCAAGAUGGAUGGCUACAAACAGGAGAUAUUGGAGAAUGGAAACCAAAUGGAAGCCUACCAAUUAUUGACAGAAAGAAAAAUUUAGUGAAAUUAGCUCAUGGUGAAUACAUUGCACUUGAAAAAUUGGAAUCAGUUUACAAAUCAACCUUAUUUGUAUCCAAUCUUUGUGUUUGUGCUGACUCGUAUCAGUCACGUCCUGUAGCUUUAAUUUUUCCUAUUGAAGCACAAAUCAGAAAACUUGCAACAGAAAAAAACAUAGCUGAAACAGAUUUUGAAGAGUUAUGCCGAAAUCAAGAAAUAGCCAAUUCGGUACUUCAAGCUUGUCUUGAUAAGGCAAAGAAAGCGGAUUUCAAACCUGCAGAAUUUUUGUCUGCAGUUACAUUAGUGCAUGAAGAAUGGACAGCUCAAAAUGGACUUUUGACAGCAGCACAAAAAAUUAAACGCAAAGAUCUUGAGCAAAAAUAUCAAGCUGAUAUUGAUAGAAUGUAUGGCAAAAAAUAA